AUGCCGAUUAAACUACCCAAGGGCUUCGCCCGGAGAAAAUCUUCCGGUAAUGUCUUGGAGGAUGUGGAUGGCCAAUCUCAAUCGACUUUCCGGGUCUUUGAGCGACCGGGGGCAAAUCAACGAUCCUUGACCGACGAGGCGCUCACCAAGCGUCUGAGCGAAGGACAUGCCAGCAUCGAGGACCCGGACAACAUCUUUGCUGGGGCAGAACAUCCCUUGAGCAAGACGCGGUAUGCCCGUCCCCGGACCAUGGAUUCUCUCAAGGACCGACUGACCGGUCGCCGUCACAGUGGUCCCCAAUACGAAAGCUCAACAUCAACGCGGCAGAGCUCCUCAUCCACCCUGCCGUCGUCAACGGAGAUCCCACUGCCCGAUGGUCCCUCGUCCCCCCAUGCGAGAAUCCAUGAUAUUCCCGCCCCGCCCCCUCUCGCCGGUGCCCUACGAGCCGCCGGCAGGACGUUUUCGUUUGGUGGACGAUUUAGCAAGAGUUCGACGAACCCCGCAUCCCCUCGGCAUGGCAAACAUGACCCUCAACCGGAUGUGCCCAAGCCUCGCGCCUACAGUGGCAGCACGGAUGACACCGCCACCCCACCCAGGCUACCAGACGCACAGCUCAACUUUGAUUUAGGGACCAGCGGGGAUGAUUUUGGAAAGAUGUUUGAUCAUUUGGGUAAACGACAAAGUGCCUUGAUGCGGGAACCGUCUCCACAGAGGAUCUCACCGUAUUCCUCAUCCCCACCCAAACACGCUCCGCCUCCUCUCCAGGAAAACAGGGCGGGCCGACCGACUCCCAUCAACACAGACCGGACAGUGCAGGUGGAGCCCUCUCAAUACUCGUGGGACAGUCGACACUCGGGCGAGAACCUGCUGAACAGCCCCAAUCAAGACGUCACUUCUCCCGUCCUUACUGGGCCCCGUAAACCCUCCCCUUCGCCGGCGCAGAUGCUGGGCGCUACAACCUCGCACCGCGCUUUGGCCAGCCCUAACCGACGGCCCUCGGCUGGACUACGAAGAAGCGGCUUUUACCCGGCGGAGCAAGAGACCAACCCAGUGGACGACGAGGACGCCAAGAUGGUCUUGUCAUCGAUGCCAUGGGCGAGGGGAUCCGCAUCCCAGUGGGAAGAGGCAGCGGUCUCCCCUUCAGGUGAGACGCCGCUGCUGGAUAAGGGCAAAGCAACCGGCUCUCCGGCCUUGAGUCCCACCGUGGACGACAAUAUGUUCGCCCCGCAACCCUCUCCCUCUCCCAAGGACAAUGAUCUCGAUGACGCGAGGCUGGCGGUUCAGUUUGCGGAGAACAUGCCGAAGCAGUCAUCCUCGCCCGGAAACAAAGUCAUGACUCCGUCCCAGUUUGAACACUACCGGCAGCAACAGGAACUCCGACGCACCAACAGUGAUGCCACGCGGAGCGAGGAUGGGUCUGAGCAAGAGGAUUUCGACGACGAGGAGGAUGAGCUCGAGAAGCAGCGCGCGGCCGAGCGACAACGCCGCAAGCAAGAGGCUCACCUUUCCCUCUACCGACAGCAGAUGCAGAAGGUGACGGGCCAACCAAAUCCGUCCCCUUUGCUUCGCCCGGGAACAGCCACCGCCAGUAACAGCGUGCCCAAUCUGCCCAUCCGUUCCUCCAAUCCGGGUGAAAAGUCCUCCAGUGGCAAGAGCAGCAACGAGGAAGAAGAUGAGGAGGUCCCCCUGGGCAUUCUUGCCGCUCAUGGGUUUCCAAACCGUAACCGUCCCCCAACCCGCUUGGCAAACGCCAGCUCCCAUCCUAAUCUCCGUGCAGCCAUGCACCCUUUCGGCUCAUCCUCGACUUCCCUGGCUGCCGCCGACGCCGGUCAUCGAGGUAGUUUGCCGGUCUUUGCCCGGAACCUGCCCCAAGAUCCGUACUUUGGCUCCCGAAUCGUCAACCCACCCAACCGCGAAUCUUUAGCUUUGGGCGGCGGCGCCAGCUCGGUAUACGGAGGUCCUCCUUCUCCAGCCCCUCCACCGGGUGGGUUGGUCGGCGUCAUUGCUCACGAGGAACGUAGCAGGGCGGCUCGGAGAGCCGGCGGUGGCAGCCCUAAUCCCAUGGCAAUGUAUGAGCAGAUGCAGAUGGGCAUGAAUAGUCCCCACGGUGUGCCUCGACCUUACACUAUGAUGGGCCAGCCGGCGCCGAUGACUCCCAGCGAGCAGGCCUCGGUGAAUCUUUCCCACCAAAUGCAGAACAUGGUGCAGAUGCAGAUGCAAUGGAUGGGACAGAUGAUGCAGAUGCAAGGUAUGCAAGGUAUGCCGGGGAUGGCCGCUGCUCCGCCGAUGAUGUCCGGUGCUAUGCCACCUGCAAUGAUGAUGGGAGGUAUGCCUGGGCAGGGUGGACAGAUGGGUCCUCCUCCCAUGAUGCCCGGUCGUCCGAUGAGUGGUUCCCCUUCCACCAUGGGCAUGAACAUGAACAACGGCUACUUGCGCCCCAUGUCCAUGCAAAGUCAAGGGGGGGCAAUGCCUCCGGUUGGCUAUGAUCAGCAGCGGACCAUGAGUAUGGUCGACCCCAACAUUGCGGCACGUCGAGGCUCGCCACUCCCCAAUUUGCCAAGCGGUCCACCCUUCCGACCGAGUACCGCCGGCUAUGCUCCUUCCAUUGCGCCUUCGGAGCGCAGCAAUGCGGGUCUCGCAUCUCGAUAUCGACCCGUAUCCGUCAUGGCGGGUGAGCCUGGCCCCGGCCUCGCGCCACCAAACCAGGCCUGGAACCACGAACACCGACACCACUCACCUGCACCUUCCAUUCAGCACCCUCAAAAUAAGCUGCCCAAGUCAUCCUCCCUCGCCACCGUGACUGUCCGGCCCGUCUCACGCACCAGUCAAACUCCUCCUGGUCGUAAACCCGCUGGUCAAGAUGACGAUGACGAUGACGAGGGAUGGGCGGAGAUGAUGAAGAAACGAGAGAAGAAAAAGAGCGGUUGGAAGGUGAAGCGGGGCGCCUCUUCACUCGGAGAUCUUCUGAGCGCUGUGCACUGA